GAGAAACAUAAAACCUGCUGCAUUCCGUCCCAGGCCAGCGCUAGAGCAAGCUUCUCACGCCUCGUAUCGCCUCUCAAAUAAUGCUGGCGGUGACGAUUGUGACGGCGAUGGUGGCGGUGGCGGCGGCGGAGCAGGCCACGGUGCAAGUGACGCUGCAGCAGGGCGCUAUCACGGGAUCGCGAGAGGAGGCAAUCAACGGCCGCAUGUACUACAGUUUCAAAAGCAUCCCCUACGCCAAGCCACCUGUUGGUCCUCUUCGCUUCAAGAAACCAGAGCCUGCUGACCCAUGGAGCGGCGUCAGGAACGGCUCGCUGCCCAUCCCCAAGUGCCCACAACUUAGUUCUCGUGUUCCAGGGGCAAUCGACGGACAGGAAGACUGUCUCUACCUUAACGUGUAUACACCUAAGCCAUAUGAAUCCAACCUGCCCGUGAUGGUGUAUAUUCAUGGCGGCGCCUUUCUUGUUAGCUCAGCGGGAGAAGGAGGUUCACCAGCACCACUGAUGCAGAAAGACAUUGUGUUGGUCACCAUGAACUACCGCCUGGGAGCCCUAGGCUUCCUCUCAACGGGGGACGAUGUAUUGCCGGGUAACCUGGGCCUCCUGGACCAGACUAUGGCUCUCCAGUGGGUGCAGGAUAACAUUAGGAGCCUGGGUGGCGAUCCCAACCAGGUCACCAUCUUCGGGGCCAGCGCCGGAGGAAUCUCGGCCCAUCUUCACAUCCUUUCCCCGUUUUCCCGUGGAUUAUUCAAGCGAGCUAUCCUCCAGUCGGGCACAGCACUUCUUGCCAGCCUUGAAUUCUCUAGGGAAGGUGCCAUCAGCGUCAGUAAAACACUCAAAUGUCAUGGGGAACAAAGCCAACAACUUUUGACAUGUUUCAAGAAGGCAACGGUGAAAGACCUGGUGUAUGCUCAGUACAGUCUAGGGAAGUGGUAUGGUCUACCCCUUACUGUCGCUCCACGCGUAGACGGAUCCUUUCUUCCAAAUCAUCCAGCCAUCCUGAUCAGGUCUGGCCACUAUAACAACGUCGAUAUGAUAAUUGGCACGGUACAAGACGAGGGUAACCUGGUAACUGCAGGACUCUUCAGCAAGGCAGGAGAGGAAGCACUACAACAGCUGAACGACAACUUUAAUAAGGUGGGGCCAAUCCUACUUGGGGUGACAAAAGAGGAGAAUCCAGUGUACCUGGCUCGACGUGUGUUCCUCAGAUACAUGAGCGACCUCAACGUGACGAUGGACGAUGAACCUGCUUUAACGAGAAUUAUAGGGAACCAAGGCUUUCAAGUUCACGGCGCACAAUCAGCUGGAUUCCACGCUAGACGUACAAGCAGAGUCUUUAUGUAUGAGGUUCAUCACCAUCUUGAGCAGUCCUUCAUGACAUUAUUCACAAACACUUCCAUUGAGAGACAAAUGGCGGGACACGGGGACGACAUAUUAUAUAUGUUCCAGUUCCCAGAGUUCCUGGAGCCCCUACAUCGUCCACAGGAUCUCCAUGUACAGGAGACCUUCCUCACUCUUUGGACCAAUUUUGCCUCCACAGGGAACCCAACCAUCAAUGGCGAUCUGGGCUUCAGGUGGGCUCCAGUGACACCCAGUGAUCCUCUCCGCUAUUUGUCUAUCACCACCACGCCCACCAUGCAGCAGGCGGACAGAUCGCUUCUGAACUUCUGGAAUUGUUUGCCAACUAAAACCACCAAGCUGCUCUACCCAGAGCUGUUCCUUCAAGAUGCAGAAGAGUAGUUCUGCAUGUUCGGUGUCUUGAACACCUCAGGAAACUCUCUGGUCUACUGAUAAAUCAUCCUCCACAAUACACCGCUAAUGUAACUUGAUAAUGAAAAUCCACAGUAAAUAAAUUCAUAAAUAAACCAAUCACCAAUGGUGUUUCGUACAGAAAGAGAAUAUAAGAAAUUACAAAUUCAAUGCACUUAAUUUGUUUGCAGAGUCUCACAACACUUAACUUUUAAACUGGUAUGUUUCCUACAAAUAUAAAAUGAUGAUGUUAAUCUUGAAACUUUAUCAUGCAUAAUUGGUUGAUGACAAUAAAAGGUAAAAAUACCA